AUGCUAUUGAGCGGGUCUUCAAUCGUGAAGCAGCGCAUAUUGCGCAACCUACGAUCCGCUGCGCAACAGCUACAACCUUGUGGAGUCGACCUCUCUUUGCGUCGUAUCUUGACAUGGACUUCGCCUGCCACAAUCGACUUCGAUAAUUUGCAUCGACAGGCUGCCAAUACGUCCGAGCUACGUUUUGACAAAGAAACCGGGACCAUCAAACUGCGCCAAGGGGCAUAUCUUGUCGAAUUUAAUGAGACCGUCUCUGUCCCAUUGGAUUGCAUGGGUCAAGUGUUUGUCAGGUCGUCACUAUGGCGCUCCGGCGCCACACUCACAGCAGGUGUGGUGGAUGCUGGUUACGAAGGCGCUCUUGGUGCGUUGCUAGAUAUAAAGAAUCCAGCCGGGAUCAUUCUUCACAAAGAUGCCAAGCUAGGACAGAUCGUGAUGCAUCGCUUGGAAGAGAAGGUUGCAGGUUAUCGUGGUAUUUAUCGGUUUUCAGAAAGCAGUCUCGGACGCGAUGGACCUAGCGAGACCUGA